GAGGUAAGGAAGGAAGGAAGACAAAGAAAAAGAAAGAAAGAAAGCGUGCAAGCGGCAGAAAGAGGCGGCGCCUUGGCUGGCUCUCUCAGUCUCAGCCUCCCCUGGAAGAAGGCAAGGCGAGGUGAGGGCAUCUUCUGUCUGGAGCCGAAGAAGGGCGCGGAGGAGCCAAAAAGAAAGAAAGAAAGAAAAGAAAAGAAAAGAAAAGAAAAGAAAGGCUGGAGAUGAAAUGGAAAGAUAAGGAGAGAGGCUUGAGAGUUUUGUCCCACAAAGCACUCAUCUGAGGGAAUUGCUGACAGCUCCUGAAAGAUGUUUGAAUGAAUAAAGGCAAAACAGCAACAGCCUCCCAUCAACAGGACAAAUAGCAAUCAAGUCUAGAAAAACAUGUGUGGAACUGUUGAUGAGUAGCACAUGGCUUUGGAGUGGAGGAGAAGGAGGAGGAGGAGGAGAAGGAGGAGGGAGGGCACUGCUUUUCCAGUUCACAGCGAGAUCCGAAGGACUUAAUGCUUAUAAGAAGAGAGAUGCUAACGCAGGACCCGGCUGUACCGAUGUGGCCGAACAAGGCAGACCCGGCAGCUAUUUGACUGGUGGGAGUCACAGUGGCAAUUGCUACUUGGACCUGCACAGAUCUGUCUGACCUGCUGUGUGAGAGGAGAAAGAGAAGGACCCAGAAGCAAAACAGAAUUUAAAAUGCCAGCUAAAGGCAAAUACUUUUUUAAUGAAAGCGAAGGCUGCAAGAUAGCUGACCCUUUGUAUGAGAAGUAUCGCUAUUCAAGUCAGCAGCAUCCUCUCCUUUUCUUCUUGCUCUUCAUUGCCGUUGCCUAUUGUAUGACGCUUGUCAUCGUUCUCGUCAGCUACGAUGAACCUCGUGAUCACCUUGCCUUUGUCAUUACAGUGAGCAUUGCUCUCAUGAUCUUUAUAAUCAUGUAUGUGCUGGUUUAUAUCGAAUACUUCUUUUGGUGCCAGCUGGAACUGUUCGCUGUCACGAUUUGGAUCUGCUUGCUGGCCAUAGGAUAUGUGUCUAUUUUUGACAAGAGAAAUACCUCUCAACUUUCUGCAUGGGAACAGGUGCCAUUUUUUCUGUUCAUAAUCUUCACGGCUUACACCAUGCUACCCUUUGGAAUGAGAGAUGCUGUGAUUGUCAGCACGAUUACAGCACUGUCCCAUAUUAUUGUCCUGAGUAUUGCUGUAGUGGAACACCACAAACAAAAUCAUCAGACCCUUGCACUUCAGGUCCUUGCCAAUGUGUUUAUUUUCCUUUGUGGGAACCUGAUGGGUGCGUUUCACAAGCAUCAGAUGCAGGAUGCUUCAUGGGAUUUGUACAGAUAUACUUUAAAAUGCAUCCAAGUCCAAAUGAAGCUGAAGAUUGAAAAGAGGCAACAAGAAAGCUUGCUUUUAUCCAUACUGCCAGCUCAUAUCUCCAUGGGAAUGAAGCUAGCUAUCAUAGAACGGCUAAAAGAAACCAAUGACAGGAAAAAGCAUGACAACAAUUUCCACAGCCUGUAUGUGAAACGGCAUCAGAAUGUCAGCAUCUUGUAUGCAGAUAUUGUGGGAUUCACUCGGCUAGCAAGUGACUGCUCUCCCAAAGAGCUGGUGGUGAUGCUGAAUGAGCUCUUUGGCAAAUUUGAUCAAAUUGCAAAGGAAAAUGAAUGCAUGAGGAUAAAAAUUUUGGGAGACUGUUAUUAUUGUGUCUCAGGCUUACCUGUCUCAUUGCCGGUGCAUGCCAAGAACUGUGUGAAAAUGGGCCUUGACAUGUGUGAAGCUAUCAAACAAGUGAGGGAAGCCACAGGUGUUGAUAUUAACAUGCGAGUCGGCAUUCAUUCUGGGAACGUACUUUGUGGUGUGAUAGGGCUUCGGAAAUGGCAGUACGACGUUUGGUCUCAUGAUGUCUCCUUAGCCAACCGAAUGGAAUCCGCGGGCGUUCCUGGCCGUGUACACAUCACUGAAGCAACACUAAAUCACCUUGGCAAAGCUUAUGAGGUGGAAGAAGGGAAUGGACAUCUCAGAGACCCAUAUCUGGCAGCCAUGAAUAUCACAACAUACUUGGUGAUUGAUCCAAGGUCUAAACAGCGCGCCUCCAACAACCACGUCACCCAAGCCAGAGUGCAAGAUGGCUUGAAAAUGAGGGCCUCUGUCCGGAUGUCACGAUACUUGGAGUCCUGGGGGGCAGCACGGCCUUUUGCGCACCUGAACCAUAGAGAAAGUGUGAGCAGUGACACCUCUGCACCAAACAGGAGGCGUAGGAAGGAGAUAGCUCUCCAGCUAGCAAGUCGUCAAAGGACUUCAGAGAGUCUGGAUGGAUCUAGACAAGAACAUGCAUGUCCUCCUUCCAUUGUAAACUAUAAAAAUAUCUCUCAGAAAGGAAGGAUGGAAGAAGAUAUUAAUGAGAAAAUGUUGUCAACCAUCGAGGGACUUAGUUCAGCCAAACCGUGGUGCAGUGAGAAGGAUGACUUCCAUGGACUGUGCGGGUUUUUUGUCGACAUGGGACUUGAAAAAGAGUAUCGCACAAUUCCCAUCCCCAAACUGAGGGGUUAUUUCGCCUGUGCCAGCAUUGUAUUGCUAUGUAUGUUCCUGGUACAGAUGUGCAUAAUUCCAAAAACACCAAAAUUAGGUAUUUCGUUUGGAAUUGUAGCUUUCAUCAUGGGGCUUAUUUUGAGUGUGUGCUUUGCUGAUGAUUGUUGGAGAUGCUGUUCAAAGCGAUGGCCUCCCGCCCGCUACCUUCGCACAUUUUCCCAGAAAGUGGAGACGAUGCCAUCUGUGAGGCUCCCAUUGGCCACGAUUGCCAUAGGCUCUCUGUUGAUCAUAGCUGUGUUUAAUUUGCCGGCACACCAACUCAGUGGAAACUGUUCUAUGCCACUUACGGCCCAAAUGGCAAGAAAUGGCUCUUCUGGAAACAACAUGGUAUGCAGUAAUGAAGCUAUGACCUAUUCGUAUUAUACCUACUGCUGCCUCCUGGGUUUUAUUGCAUGCUCUGUAUUCCUUCGAAUGAGCUUUGAACUCAAGCUUAUGCUUUUGUCAGGAGCCGUCGUUGGGUAUUUCAUUGUCUUUAAUACCAACCAGACUUGGAGCACCAGCCACAGCCAUGUCAAUAAUUCCACCACAAGGUUUUUCAUGAAAGAUCCAACAAUAAUGACAAAUUUAUAUCUGGCCCUGUUUUACAUAACCUUGGUUCUGCUGUCCAAACAGAUAGACUAUUACUGUCGGCUGGACUGCCUCCAAAAGAAUAAAUUUAAAAAAGAACACGAGUCUUUUGAAACCAUGGAGAACGUAAACAGGCUGCUGCUGGAAAAUGUCCUUCCGGCCCACGUAGCUGCCCACUUUAUUGGAGACAACAAGUUAAAUGAGGAUUGGUACCAUCAGUCCUAUGACUGUGUGUGUGUCAUGUUUGCAUCAGUACCUGACUUCAAGGUCUUCUACACAGAAUGCGAUGUCAACAAAGAAGGUUUGGAGUGCCUUCGGCUUCUCAAUGAAAUCAUUGCGGAUUUUGAUGAGCUGCUGCUGAAACCUAAAUUCAGUGGUGUUGAAAAAAUUAAAACUAUUGGGAGUACAUACAUGGCAGCUUCUGGGCUGUGUGUUACACCAGGCCAAGAGAAUAAUCUGGAUCAAGAAAGGCAGCAUGCUCAAAUUGGCAUCAUGGUGGAGUUUGCAAUGGCCUUGAUGACAAAACUUGAUGGCAUCAACAGGCAUUCAUUCAACAGUUUCCGCCUCCGAGUUGGUAUAAACCAUGGGCCUGUGGUAGCUGGUGUGAUUGGGGCUCGUAAACCCCAGUAUGACAUCUGGGGGAACACUGUCAACGUUGCCAGCAGAAUGGAGAGUACUGGAGAACUUGGGAAAAUCCAGGUUACAGAAGAGACAUGCAAAAUACUAGAGAGCUUGGGGUACGCCUGUGAAUGCCGAGGACUUAUUAAUGUCAAGGGGAAGGGAGAACUGAUGACCUACUUCGUGUGCACUGAUACAGCCAAAUCCCAAGCACUUUGAUCUGAACAAACAGCUUUCUGAGAAGUCUUGUUCGGUUUGUUGUUGUUUAAAAAAACAAGAGCAGCUUCCCUUCUGUGAAGCCUGAAGACUUUGCCUCCUUAUGUAAAGGAGCUUGUUCCAAAGGUUUGUCAAUUACCUGAACUGCUUUGCAGUUAGAGGAAGAAGCACAGAAGGUUCUUGAAAUAAUGUUUACAGCUGUUGUCAUCCCUGUUUCCAAGACUUUGUGAACGAUCUCUGCCACAGGGGUGUGGGACACAAGGAAUGCCUUUUUGUGCUUGUCUUUCGUGAUUCCACAUUUGAACCGAAUGCCUUGUUGGAAUGUUCUACUGCCUCAUCCUUCGUCAGAUCUAGUAACAGUAUUGCACUUGUCACAGACUAUAUUGACUAUAUACUUUAUCUUAAGGGCAAAGCAGGACUGGAACUCUGCAGCCAGAAAGAUUUUUUAUAUAUAACUGGAGAUGGAAUUUGGGACUUUCUGCCUACAAGAUGUGGGUGCUCUGCCAAUGAGCUCUUGUCCAUCCCUUAACUUUGUGCUGGAGUUCUGCCUAGAAUCCAUUUUUAGUACCAGAAGCAUUGCACUGCCAGUAUUUUUUACAACCCAGAAUUCCAGUCCACAAAAAUGCCCUCCCUUGCCAUCCUUCUGUGCUAUUAAUGCUCAAUCUUUUAUCUUGCUCUACCUGUCAAUUUUCUGGCACUGCUUAUAGAAAUGGUGCAAGGAUAGAACAUCUCCAGUUGAUACAUGUUUUAAUUUUUGGAGGUUUCUAACCUGGGCUCCAGAGCAUUUGUGAUUGGUUCUUAAAUAUGCUUCCAGUUUGAGUGGCAACACAUGGAUAGCUUUUCCUUGUUUCCUUCUUUAUGCUGUAUAAUGCAUUUGCUCUUCACAAAGUGCCCUUUCACUUCAGCAGCCAUUUAUUAUGCCCAGCAGUGUGUGAAUAUUGGCAUUGUGUAUGUGUAAGUUCAGAUUCUUUUCCAAGGCAAUGUUUUGUUGGGCAACCUUUUAUAUAAAUUGCCGGCUGCUAUAGCUACUCUUUGGGAAUGGAAGUAUCUUCUUUCUCCAUAAAAGGUAAAGAACGGGGUGAUGUAGGAUCCCAAAAUGUUUUGGCCCAGUUGCACCAACAAGUGUUUAUGCUGUUUCUAGUGUUCUUUUACCAUUGUCACACAGUGUCAAAAUCUAGAUUGUUCAUUUUCUGGAGCAAAUAUUGCUCUUGUUUUUCUUAUUCUCUAAAGCAAAAGUGAGGAAUCUCAGGCCCAUGGGCUAAAUCUGGUCCUCUGAGCUUCCUUGGAAGACCAUAUCCUCUUCCUAGUUUAUACCAAUUUUGGGUACCUAGAUUUUAGAUGGGGCUUUCUCCAUUUUGAAAAGCUGAAGCACAUCUCCCAAGCUUUGGUUACUGAUA